CCAGUAGCCACGCCUACAUCAGAGAGUGUGUGUUUAAAUAAUGAGUGGAGUGGAGUUUCUCUUCUUAGUACGCGUUUUCUUUGAGUCAGGACCAUACACAAAAACAGAAGAAAUGUUGACUGCUUUCCGAGGACUGAAUGUCUUUCUGAUAUUCAGUCUAGUGCUGAACUACACUGUGGGUUCUGAUUCUGGCUGUGAGGAUUGGGCAAUGUCUGGAUCAGAUGUUUGCUGCAACAAAUGCAAGCCAGGGAACCGUUUGGUGAAUCGUUGUGGAAGCGUCCCAGAACAGCUCUGUAUCCCCUGUGAACCUGACACGUACACAAUCAGUUUCGAAUUCUUCUGUUUGAGAUGUACCCAGUGCACAGGUAAACAGAUUACACUUAAACCUUGCACUAUCAGCAGCAAUACAGUAUGUGGAUGCAAGCCUGGAUAUCGGUGCGGAAACGACGAAUGUUCAUUCUGUGUUACUGAAUGCAAGGAGGGGGAGGAGCCCACAGAAAACAGAUUGUGUAGAAAAUGUCCAGAAGGAAAAUUCAAUGACAAAAGCCACAGUAACUGCAGAGAAUGGAAAAAAAGUUGUCCCGAUGGACAGAGGUUGGGCAAAGGAAAUGCUACCAGUGACCGUACUUGCUCUUCAGACCAAGAAGCAAUAGUACCAACCUUACAUGUUGUGAGCAAAAAAAAAGGACCUCCAGAAGAGACAAAAUGGCUUCCAGUUUUCAUUGCUGGAGGGAUGGCAGGGUUGGCUGUCCUUUGUAUCAUAGCAUCCGUGGUUGCAUAUGUAAAAGGACAAAACAAAACAGAGAAGCCACAAACUGAUACCGCUGACCAAGACCGCCCAGAUGAGUCCAGGAUUUUGGUAGGGGUGCCGCCAGACUGUAGUUUCCGUCACCCUGAGCAGGAACAGGGCAGCUCAGAGUCCAUCAACACACAAGACUCAGACUCUAAACUUAUAGUGUGAGUUCUGGACAGCUUUUUAUUUUCUUAUCUUACUGUAGUAUUGCUACAACAGCAAGAGGAUAACAUCCACUUAACUGUGAAAUACAUCCUUGACUGGGUGUCUGUCAGCCAUUCCAGCUGUGAUUAAUGGGAACAAAAUGGGCAUUUAGAUGUUGUCACUGUGUGCAUUAUUACGUUUUUAAAAGCUGAAGUAUAGAGCAAGCUGCUCUUGAUAACACGAGAUGAAAGGGUUGUCAUCGUAGGUGUGCAGUAGCAGACAGCAUGUCAACACUUUUAUGAGAGUAGGCGUCAUCUACUGGUGUUUGCGUCACAUUUUCAGGUCAAAGCCCUCUUGAAAUACCCUGGUGGGCUUUCCCACUUUUCUGUUGAAAAUAGCACUUUAAAAAAAAAAAAAAUACUGGACCAAUAACUUUGAAAAAGAAGAACAACGAGGCUGUUUUACACUGUAUGUUUGCACUUUUCUUCGUUUUUUUAUUUAUAGUUUAUGGGCAGUGUUCGGUAAACGUGUUUGACCGAGUCAUGUGGGAAGUGGACUCAAUAAAUGGCAGUGUUUACUAUCCUUCUGAAACGGAACUUUUGACCUCAUUAAGAUUGUAGUGCAUUUUACUGUUUUGUACAUAGUAGGAUUUAUAAGUAAAUAAAUAAAAUUGUCAACCCCGGGUCUAAACCGGAGUCAACAGAA